AUGAGUGAUACUUCAUCUUCAUCAUCAUCAACAUCACAAGGAGGUGUAUUUAGACCUGCCGCAAGAGCAAUCCUUUCGUUCUUUAAUGAGGCAAAGAGUGCAGUACCAACCAAUGUUGGUAGUGCAGAGAGUACUAUAGAUAAUUCAUUCAAGACUGCCUCAAAGGCUAUUGUCAACAGUGUCGAUAUUGUUGGUAUCAGAGAUAACUAUAGAAAGGCUACCAAGGUUGUAAAGGAAGCUCCACCUGCUCUUGUCGUAGCUUCUGCUACUCUUCUCCCAAUUCUAUUAUUUAAAAAGGUACCAUCAGUAAAGGAUCCAGCACUUGGAGCUAUUGGUUUCUGUGUAUCUAUGUAUUAUUGUUAUCCUGAAUUAAUUAGCAGAGGUUCUAAAAAGGUAUUGGAAGUAUACAAGGAAAAAAGAGAUCAAUAUCAACAACAAUCAAUCAAAAAGGUUGAAACACCAUCACUCCCAACUACUACCAAUAACAAAUCGACUCCUCCACCCUCUACCUCUAACAAAUAA